ACGGGGUCACAAAUCCUCUCAUUAAUCAAAUCGUUCUCUGUCUAUUUUUGCAUCUCGCACCUCUUCUUUUCGUCUUCCAGGCUUCAGUAUUGGAGCAACAAACGUCACCGAUCGAGUGGUCAAACGAAGUGGGCGUGGCGAACUGCUGCCCACCGAAAAAAGAAGUCUCUUUUAAAGAGAAGAAGCGAAGGACCCGAAGGUUCUCUUCACACAUUCGCCCAUUCAUCUAUUUCUCAUCUUAUACGGUAUCUUAUUCCUGCUACACUGAUAUUGCUGUUGAUCAGCGUUACGAGCCAGCUUCUUAUGUUCGAUAAAGUGGAAGAUGACCAUCCAUGUCUUCUAUCAAUGUGUGAUCAAGAUUCUGGAUGUGUACCACUUGGAUGCUCAGUCGAUCAGUUCGAGAGAAUCGGUUGUGGAUAUUUCAGGCUGAACAUUUAUCAGUUCCAGCAAUGCUAUCAACCCGGCAAAAAAGACGAAGAAACUGAGAAUGAGGCAUGGAUGAAUUGCGCUCAAGACUAUCAAUGCUCGGCUUCUUGCAUUCGGACCCUGGCCAGCAAAUUUCGUGUCAAGUGCUAUGGGAAAUCAGACUGCGAGACAAUUGCACGUAUUCACGAUGGAGGAGCGAACGGAUGUCGGGACAGAGGGACCAUUGGAUAUUGGAAAAGAGUUCGAGAUUCUUGUGGCCCAGAAUGCAACAAACCCAUCUUUACAAGACAUUUUUAUUGA